AUGGUCACAAAUGCGGCGCCCGGCGACUUUUUGAGCUUGGGGUUAGGAUAUAACCUUGCUUCCUUGGGAUACAUUCUACCCAUAGCUAUCACACCCACCUCCUGCCACAAAACGACUGAAGCGACGCAUGUUCAAUCGUCCAAUCGAGAUGUCGCCUCGAUCUACACUGGUGAUAAGUCUGUCAUUCUGGGCGGCUAUCACUUGGCUUGGGUGUCGUGUGUCUGGUGUUGGUUUAGACCACUGGGAAACCAAAUCACUCAAUGGGUUAACAUAAUCCCCAAUGAUGGUAUCCUUCACUUUUUUGGACUUUUGGGGGCUGAAUACUUGAUUCCUACCAAUGUGGAGAGUCUAUCUGACGUUCUCACCAAUCGGUCGUAUCUAUUCCAAAAGACCAGUGGCCUCCGCAGAUGGACAAUCCAAUUUUUCGGAGAAGAAAUUGUCGUUCAGGAAGGCGAGAAGCACAAGAAAAAUCGAAAAUCAUUUGCCCAGGUAUUCAACCAGCGACAGGUUGACAAACUGAAGCCGAUCAUAUCUUCGAAAGCGACUCAGAUCGUGAACCACCUAUCAGAAAAAUGCGUCAAUGGCGAUGGGAAGCAGUCAAUGCCUGCUACUCUGAAUUUGAAUAAGCUUACAAAGUUGAUCACCCUCGAUGUAAUAGGAAUCGUUGCCCUUGGUAUUGACUUUAAUAGCAUUCUCGGCCAAAACAUGGAAAUAAUAGAUAUCUUUCAGUGUCUCUUUUCUGCCCACGACCUGAAGAAGUCUCACUUUAUGUGGCAUAACUCUGCUCCAUCUUGGCUCAUCUCCAUGUUCCCAUCCAAGGUAGACCGACAAAUGGAGGAUGCUCAUGCAAAGCUAAAGACACGUCUUAAAAGUUUAAUCACAGAGAAGGCUACUUCUUUCAAGUCGACUGAUAUAUCUAAGCAAGACAUCUUGACUCAAAUUGCAUGCUCAAAGGACUUUACGCCAGAGGAGAUCGUUCCACAGGUUGUCAUCACCCUUGCAGCCGGUUUUGAGAGCACAGCGGGUACCUUAGCUUGGACGCUUUACUGCGUUGCCGCAAACCCAGAGGGAGGAGCCGCAUCACGUAUAUGCAUGCUUACCUUCCUCUAUGGACCCCGAAACCGUCCUGGGCGGGCGUUAUCCCUGGCAGAAAUCAGAAGAAUGACAGCUCGUAUUAUUGAGUGUUUCGAUAUCAAAACGACGAGUUCAGUUGUCCCUGAGUCAAGUGGGUGGCUUUCGUCGGCCCCUGCUCCAGAUUUAUGUCUGACAUUUUCAAAUGAGUAG